AUGGUUCGAUUGAUGAGACUAGUGGCCUUGCAUGGCACACCGACGACCGUGCUCUACGUGAAAAGUUUGAAGAAUUUGAUUGUCAUCAAAGACCGCGAUUCGGGUAGAUCCCGUGGCUUCGGCUUCGUCAAGUAUGGCUCUGACCAGGACGCUGAUGCGGCCAUUGCCCAAAUGAACAACGCCGACAUUCGUGUUGAUAAAGCCUCCGAGAAAGGCGGCGGCGGUGGUGGUGGUGGCAGCUUUGGCGGCGGCGGCGGCGGCGGGUACGGAGGUCGUGGAGGCGGCGGCGGCGGAUACAGCGGAGGCGGCGGAGGCUACCAAGGAGGUGGCGGCUAUGGUGGUCGUGGCGGUGGCGGUGGAUACGGCUACAGUGGUGGCGGCGGCUCCUACGGCGGGGGAGGAUACGGCGGUCGUGGCGGAGGCGGCGGCUACGAUCAAGGUGGACGUGAGGGCGGCGGCGGCGGCGGAUGGUAG